UCAUGAUUGUUAUAUCUUAGUUACGAGAGUUUUCAGUACAUGAGUAAUCCAUAUGUUUCAGUUUUUAUUUACAACUACAUUUAUUUGUGUAUUUCCAUUCUGUUACGGAUUUAAGUCAAGGAUAAGUUUUGCGACGUAAGCUUAUUUGUCAUAUAUCUUGUUAAUUUAACAUCGAUAUCGUUUUGCUUUGUUAUUAUUUUCAUUGACAAGUGGAAACUACCAUAAUCCUUUUACAACAUUAUGGUCAUCAGAACACUUUGACAAGUGACGUCAUCGUUAUAUAACGUAUCCAUGGAAACCGCUCGCUUGCUUUAUGACAUCAGCCGGGGUGGACGCCCAGUCUUUCGUACCUCUACCGACUGUUCACGUGGGGACACGGAAGAAAUCGAAACUUAAGAUUAACAUUGACAUCGAAAAACGGCGGAGACAUAAGAAGGGUGGGGCAAUAUUCGGCCGUAGUUUUGUGAGCAUUUCCGGCGACCUCGGAAGGCAGACGAUUGUCACUGACCAUACCAUUCAUAUAGCGUUUCCGGAUGAAAGCGGCGUUCGGACGCUAAAUCUCGUAUACAACCAAGCGGGUCAUCCGCCGAUUCCGGUUAACCAGAGGGGCGGCGUAUACAGCCUUCUAACAGAGAAGCGGCACGACCUCGUGCACGUGGCAGAUCUUCCGGCGGAAGACGCGCCGCUCCUGUUUCGGGAGCUUAAGGAGGGAAAGUUUGACCUGAUCGCCACCGUGCGGCCAACCCAUAGACAACCGGGCAGCCCGGUGAAGGCAGCGGACGGUAAAAGUGAGACAGUCAGUUCCACUUCCGGUCCGGAAUUUCAGUUUACUAAGCCGGAACUUGAGCUGUUACGUACCUGGAGAACCGGCGAGUUUUAUACCUACAACCACCUUACUGGCCAGAUCAGUCUCCUUAGAGAAAAGCGUGACGGGAAACAGCCGACACUUGCGCACGCAGUUGACCGCUUACGGGUACUUCCGGGCGCCGACGAGUGGGCAUUCAAAUCCGAGGAAAGCGCCGGCUUCUACCGGAAGUAUCUCCUACAGGAGGAAAUAGAAACAAGGCUACGACCGGAAAGGGCAAUCCGGAACCCGCAGUCACUCCCGGAAGUAACUGGUAGGCAGACGCUGAAACGUCAGUGGAGCUUCACCUCAGAAACCGGCCCCAUAAAGGACUCGUUCGCCGUCAGGGCGCUCAACGGUGACGUAGCCCUUAGGCGUAGCUGGACUGAACGUUCCAAUCGUGUCCGUCUCACGCGCUCUAACGUGUUACGUCACGAAUUUCACGAGAGCCGGAAACCACUCCCGUCAAUCCAGAACCUCGUGACCGGAAGUGACGUCAUGGAGCGCGGAAAACCGUUCGACGCCGACGAUGCUCUACAGGAGCAAAACCUCAAGUGCCCGGUGUGUAAAAACUUCUACGAUACACGUGACCGGAACCCACACGUGCUCCAAUGCCUCCACAGCACGUGCCGCGCGUGCCUGCAGUCACGUGUCCGCGCCGAGAUGGCGCAAUGCCCUCAGUGCAGCGAGGUGAAUGAGGUCCCCAACAACGACCUUCAGCAACUUCCGGUCGACCAUGCGCGGCAGCAUCUUGUGAAAUUCUUCAAGGUACGGAAUCGUAGCUCCGAGAUCGGAUGUGACAGCUGCGACCCCCGGAACCGCGCCACCCACAGAUGCAAGGAAUGUGACGAGUUCCUUUGUGGAGCAUGCACGGAGGCGCACAAGAGGACCAAGGUCACCAAGGGUCAUAAUGUCCUAAACGUGGACUCCCUCAAGAGGCUGAACUUGGACGAGUUUCACCACAAGCGGACCUGCACUGUUCCCGACCACGAGGAUCAGCACUUCAGCUUCUACUGUUACAGUAAGGGUUGUGACCAGCCGAUCUGCUCACUAUGCGCGGUCACGGAGCACAACAAGGCGGACGGCCACGACAUCCGGAACAUCAACGACGUCUACCUCGAGAACAAACGAGUCGUCGAGAGCCUGUUGAUAGACGUGAAGCACAAGCGGGGCCAGGCGGAGGAGGCGAUACAGAGUAUAGAGGAAGAAAUACAGAACCUCUAUAUCAAGGAGUCGUCGACGGACGAGGAGAUAGACCAGGCGUUCUUGGCGUGCCAGAAGCAGCUGGAGAAGCGUAAAAACGAGCUGAAGGAGAAGCUGGCUGCCACCUCAAAGGCAAAGAAGAAGGGCAUGGAGUCCCAGCUGGACAAACUCAUCGGCGAGAAAAAUGCUCUCGAUCACUCCGCGCGGUUUUCCAGUAACGUCCUCGGUUACAGUGACGCUACAGAGUUUCUGCAGAUGAAAGACGCGUUAUUCUCGCGGCUUGGUGAACUUAAGGAGCUGGAGGUGGACCAGCGGCCUCACAACAAGGCGGACAUCAAGUUCCACGGACACAAGAUGAUUGACGCCUUUCAGAAAUUUUCCAACAAGAUGGGUGAGGUCUGGUCCACUACGGCAUUCAUACCCAACACCAAGAUCCAGACGUACGAUAUCGGGUUGGGGCGUGAGGAGACCGCCAUGAUGAUUACGCUGCAUGACUACGAGAGGCGCCCCCUGGCGGAACCUGGAGUGGACAUUAAGGUCGAUGUCACCAACCCUAUGGGUAAGAAAGCCCGCGCCCACGUCAUCGACCUCACUGAUUCAGAGGGAGCCUACAAAGUCAUAUUUCAGGGAGUAAAACUUGGCGAUCAUCGUGCAAGCGUCUUCAUCAUGGGACUUCCGGUGAUCGACCCAGGGGUCACGUUCAAGGUCAGACGGCAGACGGACCUAGAGACGGAUGUCCUCAGAGACUACGAGCCAGCGGACAAGGAGAGCGGCCCUUUGUCCAAGGUCAAGGCCAAAAUCGACUCAGGUUUGAAGUUCGACGACGACGAUGAUGACGGAGUCAGACCGGCCAAGAACAGGAACCGCUCAUACCGGGUAUUCGGAGAUAUCAUUUGCCCUGACUUUGCGUUCGACCCAGCCACAUGUCAUCCGCAGAACAUGGUGACCGCAGACAGCCGAACACUGAAGAACGUGCGUGGACGCACGGCCAACAUCGGCACGGCUCUUAAGAACUACCGAGGCGCCCUGGGGACGCGCGCAUUCGGCCAGGCGGGGCGGUUUUAUUUCGAGGUGGUGGUUUACUUUUUUAUAAAGCGGCAACUCAGGAACGACCUCAUAUUUGAGGUGGCUAUCGCCCGGAAGUCUGAGAUCGAUAGGAACUACACGGUCGACGGCUCGCCUUACGCGUGGACGGUGUGCGCCCGUCGUUGCCCGCUGUGCCGUACAGUCUGUCUGAUGACGUUCCACAACGGUGUGCGCCUGUACCAUCUCCCGUUGACGGAGAACGCGCCGCCCGGCACCACUCUGCGGACGACCGUCGGGUUCCUCAUUGACACGAAAACGAAGCAGUGGUUUAUCGUGGACGCCAAGAACCGCCGCCUUUUCUACCGCUUUAAGAAUAUCGACACGAGCAAGCCUCUGUGGCCGGUGUUUGGCGCCUACAGCACCGAGUACGUGAGCGUCUCCCUGGCGCUCAGGACCGGCAAGGACGUCCAGGCCGUGCCAGACAUUCCCUCUGACGUGUGAAACUUGGACAGGUUGAAUGUUACAUAAUAUCUGCUUUGUAUUACUGGUAUGGAGAUUAUUAUUUUGAACGUGUGAUAAUAAUGUAUUUACCCGUUUGGCGAAAUAAUUUAAAUUAUUUACUUGUUCUUUAUGUUUGUAUAUGAUAUGUUAAUUUAUUUGAUCUCAGACUUACCUUGGAAUGUGCUAUUAAGAAUUCUGGCACAGUUUGUUGGUGUGCCUUAUAAAACUGUGACGGAACUCGUUUACAGCAGAAAUAAUUCCGGGCUGUCAGGUGACAUGUUUGUGCUUGAAAGGUAAAAUCGUGAAAUUAAACACAGUUACAAUUAUUUAGAUUAGUCGGGCUCAAAAGCAGGUGGAACACCUCUGCCAAUUUCCAUCGAAAGCAACCUUUAAUGUAUAUGGACGGUUUGCGAUGUCAGAAAUAUUUACAUUUAACUACGCUGCAAUAAGAUCGCGUAGUAAUUUCAAUUUAGCAGUUAAAAUUUAUGACUUUACUCUUGGAAAUCUUAACUAUUUAUGCAAAAAUCACUUCAUUGGCAUUGGCAAUAAGAUCGCGUAGUAAUUUCAAUUUAGCAGUUAAAGUUUAUGACUUUACUCUUGGAAAUCUUAACUAUUUAUGCAAAAAUCACUUCAUUGGCAAUCGAUUUAAACUAAGUAAAACAAAAUACACGUUACAAUACUACAAUUAUUAUUUUUAUGAAGAUUAUACGGACUACUUCUUCUGAUGUACCGUCAUACAUCCGGAUUGUUUACGAUGGAAAAUGGCCGAGGUGCUUCAAAUGGCUCAAAAGAUAAGUGGUGAUUUUUAUAUGUUCGUGGUUUAUUUGUUAGUAGUAUAUUACUUCAUCGAUUUGUAAUUUUAGUUUAAUUAUAUUUUAUUGCUUUUUGGUGUGUAUUUAAAUUUCAAGACACAAAUUAUACACAAACAGAUAAUUGGUAUGUAUUUGACCAUUGUUUUUAUCAUUUUACAUCAUAAUUUAAACUUAUAAUAAUGUGAGAUUUUAACAAAACAAUCAACUUCAAUUUUAACAGUAUGUGUAAUAUACAAUGUCCGAGUGGAUUAUGAGAUUAUUUUUAAAAAAAAAUGUAUUUUUCUGUUUUAUCACCGUUUUUAGAUUUGCUGUAUUUAAAGUUUGAUGUGAUAUUCGUUUUUAUUAUAUAUUUAAGUGCAAAUAAAUAUUUUAGCCUAG